AUGGAGGCCUUUAUCGUGGAGAAUGCAACAUCGACCAGCGGCCAGCUUUUCGCCAAUUUUACCACCCAACUCGGCGAUGAGAUGGUGGAGCCGCCCGCGUGGCAAACAUGGCUACUGGGACUGGCUGUGGUGACGGGAUGUUCAUUCUCAGCUCCACUUGGAAUGCUUGUCGUUCCAUUACUCUCAAAAAGGACAUAUGAAAGAGUGAUGACAUUUCUUAUUGCACUCGGCAUCGGCGCCCUCUCCGGCUCGACGCUCUUCGUCAUGAUCCCGCAGGCGUUUAACCUGGUGGAGCUGGCCGGGCAGUACGACUACAAGUUAAAAUGCUGGAUAAUUCUCGGCGCUCUCUACACGUUCUUUUCCGUCGAUAGGCUGUUGAUGUACGGCAUUGAGCUACGCAAGCGCCACGUAACACGACGAAAAAUCCACAAAUCCACCCUGAAUCAGGUGAUGAAGCGGAAGACACCCGGAAGGAAUCAGACCGAAAGCACUGAUAUAAAUUCGGAGAGCAGCAGCAAGAACUCGGUGCAGGACCGCGAGAAAAACGACUUGAAAGACGAGCUCGAGAUCGCCAUGAUCAACAACAAUUUCACGCGAACGUUUUCAACGCGUAAGCGGAUGGCGGUGCUGCGGGCCGUGGAUAACCUGGAUGGGAUGGAAUUUCGAGAUGGCCACGGCCACAAUACAUUAUGCCAGGGCAACGACUUUCUGCGCGCCGUGAACGAGGAGGCCCAUGAAAGGAGCCCCGGAACACUACGAUUAUCACACGCGGAAAAUGGGCACGCCCAAGAAAACCCAGUCUUCUACAGAAAUAACAAGAACUCUGGUGACGAUACGGUAUCGCUGGAUAUUCAAGUCGUCGAAAAAAGGGUUAUCGAGCCAGCCAAAAUUGAGGUGGCCUCCGUGGCGUACAUGAUCAUCUUCGGGUCGAGCGCCAACAAUUUUGUGGAUGGGAUGUCAUUAGGAGCCGCCUUUGCCGAUAGUAUCGUUGGUGGACUGGGUAUCGGGACGGCCGUCUUCUCCGAGCAGUUUCCACAAGAACUUGGUACCCUGGCCAUCCUGGUGAAUUCGGGUCUGGGUUUCCGGAAGGCCCUUCUCUACAACAUGAUCCCGAUCGUUUUGUCGUACAUUGGAUUUGCAGUCGGUGUACUACUCGAUGAGGUAGACGAGGGAUACGAUGACUACAUCUUUGCCGUCUCCUCCGGCAUGUAUUUGUAUAUAUUCCUCGGCACGCUGAUACCAGAAAUUCGGGAAGCCUGCCACGAAUUGGCGAAAGAGGAUCUACGCGAAUCACUCGUCGUCACAUUUUUGCAGAUAAGC